AUCGGAAGUGUCUUCGGCAUCAGCCUAGUGUGUGAGAGCGCCAACUCGUUCAGUGUUGCGAACGAGACUUGAUGUGGAACCAGAAUGUGUAUCACCCUGAAUUGAUGACGCCAUGGCCACAGGAAGCCAAUGCGCCAUCCGCAUCGCCGGAACAGUUCCAAACCGACUUGCUGAAUCAGUUGCUGCAGGAAGCACAUGCGCAACAAGCGGCCCAAGUUGUCCAAGCUGAACAAGCAACGCGCUUGAUGAUGGCAUGGUCGCAGGAGUGGGCACAGCCGGCUUAUGCAGCAUCAUUCGGAGAUUUUGGGCAGCAUAUAGAUUCGGCCAGCUUUGGUUCGUGGACCUCGCCCCUCCCCCAGGAUUGUCGCAAGAAGGGGAUGGUCUUCAUCCUCCGGCAGGUCAUGAUGACGCCGAACUUGCGAAGUGUUACGAGGAAGCAGUGAAUGCCUUCCUGGUCGACGAAAACUACGACGAAGAAAGUGCGGAGCAGGAGGAUGGCACGGCGGGCACCGCACUUCACCAUCAAGUCGCAGAUGCUCCAGUGGUCGCUGCUCCAGUCAUCGAUGCUCCAGUGAUCGUUGACACUGCGGCGGACAGUGUCCUCUCCCAAGAGCAGCCUUUUUCUGAGCCUUCUUUGGAACGCCCCACGCGAUCCAGAAGGGGCCCUGGAUCUCGCUAUUGGUGCACUUUCCACCUUGAUGAGGCAUAUUUGCAAUUCAAAGUUUGCAGCGCGAUCAUUGGACGGCACGGCGAGCACACAAGGGACAUCUUCGACAAGACGGGGGCGAAAAUACGCGUGCGAGGUCGAGGUAGUGGCCAUUUGGAAAGUGGAACGGGCACAGAAGCUCCCACAAACCUCAUGGUGACCGUCUCAGCACCUCAAGACAGCCAGGUCAACUUCACCCACGCUGUGAAGCUCACGGGUGAAUUGUUAGUGCGGACCGAACAGAAAAUCAUGCGGGACCAAGUUGGGUUUCCAGCCCAGCUGAGACUUUGCUGGCAAGUCAGCAUGUAUGAUGGUCAAAACUACCACCUGGCGAGCGACGGCUCUUUGGAGUCGGAGGAUGACACCGCACUGAAGGCCGCUGAAGCCCCGGACUCCAUGCCGCUGACCGGGCACAAAGUCAAGGGCAAAGCCAGCGGGAAAGGUAUAGUUUUUGCAAGACAGAGACGCAAGGGCAACCCAGCUCCCAAAAUGGAGGGACCAAUUGGAACCAGGAGACCUGAUCCUCCUCUUCAGUCUUAGGCACAGAAAUUGGUGGCGCGAAGAAUGAUCCCCCGAGAUGAGUGCACAAUCUGUACAGGCUAAAAACACGCCAAAGGGAUCCAAAUGGCAC